AUGGAAUAAAAUAUAAUAUAAUCAACUACUGUUAAAACAAUCAAAGAACUCAAGAAAUAACAAGAAUUCAAAACUUCUAUGGAUGCAGAUGAAUUUGAAUAGAAUGAAUCCACACAAAGCGAAAAGCGAACGCCUGAUGAUGAAACUAGCAAAACCUAAUAUACCAAAUUUAGACUUAAUCAUAAAGGAUCCAUUAAUCAAAUAUUACCCAAAUUAAGCAACUCCAAUUUAUAGGAAUCAGCCAAGUCCUUAUAAAAAUAACUGAGCGAAGAGUUGCCUCCCAAGCAAUUUGGACAAAGGAAACGAUUCAAUAGAUAUGCCACUUAAAAGGUAUAACAGCAACCAAUAUAACUUACUGAAUAAAUAGAAUAAACCACUGCCAUGAAUCUUAUAGUAAAUAAAUCCAAAACCUUAACAGACUAUUAUGCAAACAAUCAACUGACAUCAACACAAAUUCACCAGUUUCUUACUGAUAAUAAAUAAUUUGCUUUUACCUUUAUGGCAUUUCUAAAUCGACUAGCAGAAAAGGGAAUCUUAUCAAUUUCCUUAACAAAUAUUCAAAAGUCAGUUCUAUCUUAAAUAGAGCAAUUUGUAAUUAAUCAAAUUAACAGAGAAUUGACUAAGCUGGAAUUAAAUAAAAAAAUUAAUGAUCAAUUGAAAAAAAUUGAAAUUAAACAAAAUUAAUAUACAAAGUAUCUUUCUGAAUUAGAAGCAUCAUUAAAAUUUUUUUGA